UGGAGAGAAAGCGGCGGCCCGGGACGGUUGAACGCGGUGCCGCGAUCUAGUGCCGGUGCGAGGAAGGGGUGCGCCGACGGCCCUCACAACCGCGGCUAGCCAAGGCCGCACCAUAAGAGAUGCCGUGAUGGCAAGAGAGGAAUCCCGUGGAAAGAGGCCCUUCAAGUUAUGGGACGGGCGUCGUAGCGUGCGCAAGGGGCUGGUGGUCGGGUCGCUCGAGGAACUCCUGCAACGGGGCAAGGAUAAGCUCGGUCUGCCGAACGCGGAGACCGUGCGCGUUGUCCUCGAGAACGACGGCACCCAGGUCGACGAUGCGGAGUAUUUCCGGACGCUGCCGGCCAACACCAUCCUGCUCUUGCUGAGGCCAGGCGAGAGAUGGUUGCCAGCAGGAGUCGACGUUAUCCGUGCAGUAGCCAUCUCCGCGAUCCCGAAGAUCGUUUGCGAGACGAUCCACGCACUGGAGCUGCAAGAUGAGACGCCGUCGUGGAAGAUCAUGGACAACAAGGGUCGCGUCACCGUCGUGCUGCACUGGGACCAGCGCAGCGGACCGUCGCGCGUCUCCUCCGAGGCACCUUCGCCCGCCCCAGGCAAGUUCUCGCCAUCCAAGAGGCCCUCGCUCGUCAUCCAGACACAGGUGGGCGGCAAGAAGGAGACGAUCAUCAACGACGUGUACGUGCCGCCGGGCGUGGCGUCGCAACAGCCACAGCCUCGGUAUUCCAGUCCCCAGAUCACUGUGAUAAACCACGACGACGUGAAGCCGCCGCACCGGCUCUCGAAGCAGGGUAGCUCGCUGGAGAGUGCCACCAUUCACAUCCAUACGCCGGAGUGUGCACAUCAUGCACACAUGCCGCGCGCCGGGAGCCCCCAGAGCAACGGCACCGUUGAAUGCGACUUCCAUUGUUGUGCGCUUCACGAAGAGGGCCGCAAAAUAGCGGUGCACAAGAGCGUGGCCACCUCACCCAUACAGGAUGCGCAGCAGACGACUUCACCGCAGCCACCGUCAUCGCGCCACGUGCGUUUUUUAGACAUUGAAGGUGGCGGCCGACACGGCGGGCAGUCCGAGCACGAGAGCUCCGAAAGUGAAACGGAGAACACCGUGAUGGAGGACGAGGCCGUCACCUCCGAGAAGUUCCUGCUGCUGAUCGAUCAGCUGAGCGUCGACCAGAAACGGCACCUCAGCAUCAAGGACAUCGGCAUUAUAUUGGAGAGGCUCAGCUCCAAGAUAUUGGACGUCGAGCGAUUGGACCGCGAGAGCGAAAGCGACGACUGCUACAACUGGACCAUUAAAGCCACCAUAAGAGGGGACGUGUUACGCGAACUGGGUGUGAUCUACAACGGCAACUAUUACGCCAUAAGUGAGCACCCCGGCUACCGGGACGAGAACGAGGGCGUGGUCGAGGAGGCCGAAGAGGAGGAAGAAGAAGAGGAUCGGCUGUGAACCGCCACCCAUCAUCUACUGCCAAAUUAAUAAGCAUAAAAUUAAUAAAUACCAAAAAACAGAAACAAAUGUCAUAAAUGCACAAUUCAAAAAACAGACUCUCGAAACUUACAAACAAAUAUACUAAUAAUAUUUAUAAAAAAACAGGUGCGAAAAUAUCUCACAUAUCGAAUGUGAACUGUGUACUGCUGUUGCGAGACGGAAAACGUGCACGUGACACGCCAAUUCAACAGAUCAGUAUCACCAUCACUAAAGUGGAUGCAUUUGUCUUGUUGUUUAACGAAAAAACCCAACCAAAGAUUGUCGAAUUGACGUGUCGGACUUCUGUACAUAUACAUUACAUACAUAUAUAUAAAAUCACUUAUUCACAUUCAAAAAAACAUGUUUGGUACAUUAAAGAGGAGCGAAUCACA